AUGCGGAGACAAAAUAAAAUUCUGUCAACACAAUGUAUUAAACUGAGUAGCAGUAAAAGUGAGCCAAAUAUAUUGAAGUCAGUUUACAAUGAUAUACCAAAAAUAAAUGGUACUAUCAAUGAUUUUGUUUGGCAAAAUUUGGAUCGUUGGCCCGAUAAAACUGCAGUGGUGUGCGCCGCCACCGGGCACGGGUACACCUACGAGCAGACGCACCGCAUGUCCAUCUCGAUCGCGGCCUCGCUCCGCGCCAAGCUGCGCCUGCAGAACGGCGACGUGGUGGCGGUGGCGCUGCCCAACAUGCCCGAGUACCCGUGCACGGUGCUCGGCAUCCUCGAGGCGGGCUGCGUCGCCAGCCUGCUCAACCCGGCCUACACGCCCCACGAGCUGAAGCGCCUAUUGGAGCUGGUCGACUGCAAGGCGGUGGUGACCACCGCGCCCGUUUACCCGAAAGUGGUUGAGGCGCUGAAGGGGUCGAAGCGGCGUCCCAUUCUGGUGGUGGGGCACGGGGAGCUGCCCGAGGGGGCGCUCAGCUUCACCGAGUUCGCGGCCGACAGGGCCGUGGACACGGACUGCCUGAGGUCGGCCCGGAGGGCUCCAGGGGACCUGGCGCUGCUGCCCUUCUCCAGCGGCACCAGCGGCCUGCCCAAGGCGGUGCGCCUCACGCACGGCAGCGUGGUCGCUAUGAACCAGAUGAUAUACGACCCCGACGUGCUCGCCAUCGACGAGGCGACCGCCAGUUUCCAGUCGGCCGUGCCGGCGGUGCUGCCCUUCUUCCACAUCUUCGGGCUGAACGCGGUGAUGAUGAACCUGCUGGGGCGCGGCUGCAAGCUCAUCACCUUCCCCGCCUUCGAGCCGCAGCUCUUCCUCGAGACCAUCGUCAAGCAGCGCGUCGAGCACCUCUACAUCGUGCCGCCCAUGGUGGCGUUGCUGGGCGCGCACCCGGCCGCCUCGGCGGAGGCGCUGGCGAGCGUGCGCGGCGUGGUGAGCGGCGCGGCGCCCCUCGCGCCCGAGGACGUGCAGCCGCUGCUCGCCAAAAACCGCAGGCUGGUGUUCCGGCAGGGCUACGGGCUGACGGAGACCAACGGCGGCGUGUCGGUGGGCGGCAAGGCCGACCGGAACCACGCGGCCGUGGGCCACGUGUUCGGCUCCUGCGAGCUCAAGGUGGCCCAUCCCGACUCGCUCCAGGCGCUGGGGCCCGGCCAGGAGGGCGAGAUCUGGGUGCGGGGGCCCAACCUGAUGAGCGGCUACUUGGGGUCCGAAGAGGAGGGGCUGGUGGAUGGCUGGUUCCGCACCGGGGACCUUGGCCGAUACGACCAGCGCGGCUACCUCUACAUUACGGACCGCCUUAAGGACCUCAUCAAGGUGAAGGGGUUCCAGGUGGCGCCGGCCGAGCUGGAGGCGGUGCUGCGCACGCACCCCGCCGUGCUCGAGUGCGGCGUGGUGGGGGUGGGGGUGGGGGCGGGAGGGGGCAGGGGGGGAGAGGAGCCUCUCGCGUUCGUGGUGCUGCGGGGGGGAGAGCACCCCUCCGCCGGCGCGCUGGCCGCGUACGUGAACGCGCGCGUGGCGCCCUUCAAGCGCGUGCGCGAGGUGCGCGUGGUGCGCGAGCUGCCCCGCGGCCCGGCGGGGAAGGUGCUGCGCAGGGCGCUGCGCGACAGGUACUGC